UUACGACUCCCGGAGCUGUCAAGAUGAUCUUUAUUGUCGGUGUCUUUUGCCUGGCGGCCAUCGCCAAUGCCCAGAGAUGUGGCAACAUUCUACAUCAACACAACGGCACGGUGACUUCCCCCAACUACCCGGAUGCGUAUGGACCCAACGAGGACUGCGUAUGGACCAUCCCAAGCCGUGGGGGGAGCAUCACGGUCACCUUCAAGGACUUUGAACUACAGGAAGGAACUAGCGGCUUCCUUGGGUUGUUCGGCGGUAGCUGCGAUUAUGACUAUGUGGAGGUAGUUAUUGGAGACAGAACCCAAGGAACUUACUGCGGCACCAGUGGCCCUGGCACCAUCACGGCUAAUAAUGACAUCCAAAUCCGCUUCGUCUCCGACGCCACCACCAACGCCAAGGGCUUCAAGUUCCAGUUCAAGGUCGAUCACGGAGGAAACACACCUUGUGGAGCUCAUCUCGACGAUAACUUUGGCACAGUUACUUCACCCAACUACCCAGAAAACUACCCCAACAACAAGUUCUGCACGUGGACCAUCGCCCGCAGCCAGUACCCCGUCACUGUCAUGUUCACGGACUUCCAGCUCGAGGACGGAAGCUUCUUCGGCGGCUGUUCUUAUGACAACGUUCAGAUCUUCGACGGCACGACGAGCCUGGGGAAAUUCUGCGGCACGGACAUCCCAGCAGCCCUCACCACCACCAACGGCGUCAGGAUCACCUUCAAGUCCGACUCCAGCGUCGGCGAACGCGGCUUCAGUUUCGAGUACCGCAAGGACGUUCCCUCCACUCAAGCCCCAAUCAAGCCAACCAAGCCAACCGAAAAGCCAGCCGGCAGUGGAGAUGGCAGUGGGGACGACAGCUUCUUGUUUUAAAUCUUCCAACGUCUGGUGACUUACAGCAACAACAGCAACAUCGGGAACGUGUAACCUGACAAGAAAUCAAAAUAACGAUAUCAACUUACAAUGUCAUAUGCAUUCAGUCAUGGGGGCUGGACAAUUCUUUUACAUGGCACAAUAAAAAAUUCAUGCAUUCAUUA